AUGGAGGAAAUGUUUGAAAAACUUAAAAAAAGCGGCAAGAACACUGUCGACGGUAUUAUUCAGAUGAUGAAGGAUGUUAAGAUCAUAGACGGGAUCAAGUUGACCGAGGAGAAAGCGCGAGAGGCGUUCGCCGAUGUGGUCGACCCAAAGAACGUGAACCUGGAUAAGUUCAAGGAGGGAUUGACUAAGCUGGCGAGCGAUCAGAAGAAGAACCUCGAGGACUUCGCGAAGAGCUUGGCCGACGAGGCUCCCAGAGUUUUGGACGCCCUGCAGGCCGGCGCCAGCGCCUUUAAGGAGGCUUUAUCAAAAAAG